GCCAUAGAAACGAGUAAGUUUUAAAUCCUACCAUCUAAAACUUAAAAAAAGAACUACCAAAGAAAUUGACAAAUUCAAGUUAAUAAUGACGGAGCUAGGAGUGGAAGAAAGUAUAGAUGAAGAAGUAAAUAUUUCCCAUGCAUGUACAGACGAAGCUGAUAACUAUUUCGCACGAAUUAUUGGGCGCAUAGAGGAAAUUAUAGUGGAUGAAAAUUUUAUGAAUUUACAGAGUAAAUUUUUGGAAGAAUAUUGGAGAGAGUUUGACAAUGAAGAAGAAAAUAAAUUAGUUUAUACAGAUAUAUUCAAAAAAUAUAUAUCUACAAUAGAAAAACAUCUUGAAGAGAAAUUAUUAAUAUCAAUAAAGGACUUUAAUAUGAAACAUUUUGAACAGGAAUUAGAAAAUAAGCAGAAUGAGUUGGAUGGCGAAGUAUUUGAGAUUUUGUCAACAUUUUCGGAUUUUCGAGCAUUUAAAAAUAUGUUCCUGGAUUAUAAAGCAAUGAAAGAAGGAAGGGUAGUGGAUUUUUCACAAGACAUAUCAAUAUCAAAAUACAUAGAAGUUUGAAUUCUAUCAAGUAAGAAAAUAAUCUAUCUACAGCAGUAUAGUAACAUAUUUAUUUCCAUCAAUUCUUUUCUAUAAGUUGCACUGUUUCAAUUGUUAUAUUAAUUCUUUUAAAUUAUUAACAUUUUUAUUGACCAGGUAAUAAAAAA